AUGACCACAACAACAGCGCCGCCCGUCCCGCAGCGCACCCAGUACAUCUCCCAGGCCGUCGACAUUCCCGCCUCUUUUCUGCGGACGCCGCCCUCGGCGCCCGUCAGCUACCAGCACAUCUCGUUUGCCGACUCGCCGCUGCCCGAGUACGACGGCUGCCUGGCCGUGGUGCUGGACAAUGUGCUGGCGCCGCACGAGUGCGCCCGGCUGCUGCGGCUGGCCGAGGCGUCGGUGCCGGAUGCCGACGGCGGGUCGCCGUGGCGCCCGGCGCUGGUCAACAUGGGCGGCGGCUUCGAGGCGCGCGUCGCGGACUACAGGAACAGCCACCGCAUCAUCUGGGACUGCCAGACGGUCGUGGACAGGCUGUGGGAAAGGUGCUUGCUGGCGCGCCCAGAGGCCGGGGGAGGUGAGUCGAUGGCGGACAUGCUGGCGAGGCCGCCCGCGGAUACGAGGGUCAAGGGCGGCAAGUGGGUGUUUGAGCGGCUGAAUGAGCGGAUGCGGUUUCUCAAGUACACCGAGGGCCAGUUCUUUAAGCCGCACUGCGAUGGUGCCUUCUCCUACGCCGCGGACAGCACCACCUUUGAGACACACUACACGCUCCAUCUGUACCUGAAUGACUCGGCCGAGACCUCUGCCGACGGCGACGGGUGCGUCGGCGGCGCGACGGCGUUUCUCUCGCACGACCUGAAGCGCCGGGUCGACGUCGAUCCCAAGGCGGGCCGCGUGCUGGUCUUUCAGCAUCGGAGGCUGCUGCAUCAGGGCGCCGAGGUGCAAGCCGGGACAAAGUAUACGAUGCGGACCGACGUUCUGUAUCGUUGGGUGCGCGAGUAG